UGUGAUGGUUGUGUUCGAAUGUUAAGGCAAGCUAGUUGAGCAAAGUUCAAAAUUUUCGUCGUAUGAAAUUCCAAAUUCGUUUCGUCUUCCGUUCCUGGCAGACACAGUCCUCAUUUGGGCAACGUUGCCAUCACCAAAACUAAUUUCAGCACUUACAUACACGCUGAAGCAUCCUCACCGAUCCUCAAGAGAACGAUCACCAGAACUAAUGAUCCUUGAGAUUUGUCUGCAGUUCCGUUUGGUGCGACAGUUUGAUGUUCGCGUAUAUUUUCUGAGAUUUAGUCUAAACGUGGUUAAUCAGUUGGCACCCAUUGAGGAGUCCUCUACUGGAUAUUAUUUGUAACAUAAGGAAGAUCCACAAGAUCUAGUGACUAGACAACGUAAUGUCUGGAUCAAUACGAAGCCGCAGCCUUUUGGGAAUCUACGAAUACAUCAUGCCCGGAAUUUAUGACUAUCGAGUGACCCAUAGUGCCGCUGCCACAAUCAGUGCCUAUCAGCUUGAUCCAGUACUAGACAGCGACUCAUCCUCUUGGUCCAUUCCCGAUACAGAUGCCCUUUAUGUGGCCGGACCAUUGGGAGUGAUCAACUACCUCUCAGAUGUUCAAACGCACUUGGCUCUGCCCACCAGUCAAAACCUGGAAACUGGUCUAAUCUACACCACCAUUAGCUCCAUGUCACCCGACACCUAUAUCCAUCACUAUGUCCAAGUGGAGAAUGAUCUAGUGGAUGAUGAGGGCUACGGCUAUGAGAUUCCCCAGCUUGAUCUCUGCCUAGACCAUCUUAUUUCCGAAUCCGAUAGAGCGGAGCAGGAGGAAGUGCAUCAGUCCAGUGAUUCCCAGCACUCAUCGAAGGGUUACUCGUCGGUGGAGAUCAGCGAGGAGUCGAGAUCAGGGGAACCUGAACCAAUCAAGGAAGAGGAGGUGCCCAAGAAGCGAAAAAAGAUCUCGCACAGGCGCAUCUAUGAGGCCGAGCAGGGUUACCUGGUCGAGGAGCCCACCAGCGAACAAUCUGAAGAUGAUACCGAACUGCCACACAUAUCCAGGACAUAGAUCCCAGUUAGAGUUCCGAAAAUUUCAGCUCUGCGUUGACGUUCCUAUUUCCCAAUUUAUUUUCAGCAGACCGAUUUCCAG